UCAAAUAUGGUAUUCCUCCAUAGCCAAUUGUUUCACUUUCCAUAAUUCUACCUUCUCAAUGAGUUGGUCGGUCGGUGAGAGAAACUUAAUAGAUAAACAAUUACACAUCUCAUAAAAUAAUUAAUCCUUUGGCCAACCUUCAUUCUCAUUUUGGGUUUAUUAUCUUUUCUUGAAUUGACCCUUGUGGAGACGUAUUGCUGCGUGCCAACUUCCUCUAAGCCUAGGUAUAUUUCUUCACUAGUAUUUGAUAAAAUGCGUCCAUCUACCUCAAGUGGAUCAACUCUUGGUCAACAAUGUGUUAACAAUUAUCGUCAUCGUCACAAUCCUGAUAAGAUAGCUAGACUUGAAGAAAUAUUCAAUGAAUGUGCACAUCCGGACGAAAGUAGACGUCGCCAAAUUAGUGAAGAGCUCGGGCUUGAUGCUAAACAAGUAAAAUUUUGGUUUCAAAAUAAGAAGACACAAUUGAAGACUUUAAAUGAGCGAUUAGACAACCAUGUUCUUCGACUUGACAAUGCAAGGUUGCAAUCAGAAAACCACAGAAUGAGUGAGACUUUGAAGAAUUUACUUUGCGUACCUUGUGGGGGUCAAGUCAUGGGAGUAGAAGAGCGUGAACUUUCUUUGCAAAUCUUAAGAGCCCAAAAUUUUCUAUUAAAUACAGAGUAUGAGAAAAGAACCACACUUCUGGUAAACAAUGGGAUAAAUCCAAGGUUGCUUCCUCCCUUUCCUUCUUCACAUGAUACCUCACAAGGAAGUUUGCAAAACCAAAUGCCUGGUGCAUCUCAUCAGUAUACUCCUGUUGUUACUACUCCGGCCAUUGAUCAAAAUAUUCCAGCUCAUCAUCCAGAUAUUCAUCAUUUGACUUCUUCUUCUGAUUAUAAUAUUCCAGAUAUGCCACCUUUGGGUCGAGAUAUUCCUGCCAUAAAUCAGUAUAAUAUGCCCCAUCUUGAUUUGGAUGCAAUUGUUGAAAUUCGGAACAACGAUAUGUUGAUGAGGCAAAGUACAAAUACGGAAGAUGCACUUAUGUUGCAGAUUGCAAAUAAUGCAAUGGAAGAAUUAAUGAAGCUUCUGAGCAUGAAUGAGCCCUUUUGGUUCAGAUCUCUACAUGACGGAAAAUUCAUUCUUCAGCAUGAGAGUUACCAAAAGACAUUUCCUUGGAGUGAUUGCUUGAGAGCAGGACCUCAUUCACGUAUAGAGUCAUCAAAAGAUUUACGAGUAGUGAGCAUGAGUGGGACACAACUGGUUGAAAUGUUUUUAAAUUCGGACAAAUGGGUUGAUCUAUUCCCAACAAUUGUUAAAAAAGCCCAAACAAUCCAAGUAUUCGAAAGCGGGUUGUUAGGAAAUCGAAAUGGAGCUUUGCAGUUGAUGAAUGCAGAAAUGCACAUUCUUUCACAUUUGGUUCCAACUCGGGAAUUCCUCUUCCUUCGUUAUUGUAAACAAAUUGAAGCAGGUGUAUGGGUGAUAGGGGAUGUGUCACUUGAUUCCUCAAAAUAUAAAACCAGUGUUUCUCAAGCUUGGAGGCUUCCCUCUGGAUGCCUCAUUCAAGAAAUGACUCAGGGAUUGUGCCGGGUUUCUUGGGUGGAGCAUGUGAAUGUGGAUGACAAUAUCCAAACUCACGAGAUUUUCAAAGAUAUUAUUCACAAUAAUGCAUAUGGAGCAGAAAGAUGGGUUUCAACACUUGAAAGAAUGUGCGAGAGAUUCGCAUGCGCCUCGGUUGAAACUAUACCUAGUUAUGAGGCUGGAGGAGUGAUUAGAUCACUAGAAGGAAGGAAGAGUAUAAUUAAGCUGGCUCAUCGUAUGGUUAAGACUUUCUGUGGGAAUUUGGACAUGCAAGGUGACACAAACUUCCCACAUUUAACCAAGAUGAAUGAUGAUGGCAUUAGGCUAUCUGUUCACGUGAAUAACACAAAGCCAAAUGCACCAAAAGGCAUGAUUCUCGGUGCUGCUACCACCUUUAGGCUUCCUUUCUCUCCACAAAAUGUUUUUGAUUACUUGAUAGAUAACAAGGAACGACCUAAGUGGGAUGUUCUAUGUUGUGGAAAUGAAGGCUGCGAGAUUCAACGCAUCUCAACUGGAAUUAAUCCUGGAAAUUAUAUUUCAAUAAUGCAGUCUUUCAUCCCAAGAGAAAACAAUAUAAUGAUUCUCCAAGAAAGUUAUGUAGAUGCUUUGGGAUCUAUGUUGGUAUAUGCUCCUUUUGAUACGGAGAUAAUGAGUCUGGCCAUGAAAGGAGAAAAAACAUCAGGAAUUCAAAUGUUCCUGAAGGACAAGAUGGACAAAUUGAUAAAUCAGCAGGCUCAGUGGGGUGAACUCUUCGUUACUCGUUCGCACACUAUUGCAGCUCAGAGUAGAGUGAAUUCUUCGUUACUCGUUCGCACACUGUUGCAUCUCAAGUAUAAAUCAGGGUUUCGCUAA